ACAAUGUAGCAAUGGCAUUCGUCUGGUUCAGUUUGUAAAACCUAGUUAGUUUGAACAUCAUAUCUAUCCCUUCAAAUCCCUAGUUCCCAAUUCCUCUCUCACCGCCCUCGCAAUGGACUUCUCCAAAAAGCGCAAAACAGAAGAGAACGGCGACGCUAAUUCUCCGCCCCCCUCAACAGACGCCGCCGCAACCACCACCGCCACUCUCACCCCAGAAGACAUCCGCAAGAUGAUCCAACCGUUCACACAGGACCAGUUACUAGACCUUCUCCAAUCUGCCUCCCUCCAACACCCCAACGUUCUCGACUCCGUACGCUCCAUAGCCGACCGCGACAACACCCGCCGUAAACUCUUCGUCCGCGGCCUCGCAGGCGAUACCACCACCGACACUCUCCGCGCCGUAUUUUCAUCAUACGGCGACCUAGAAGAAGCCAUCGUGAUAUUCGACAAGUCCACUGGCAGGUCCAAAGGUUACGGCUUCGUCGUGUUCCGACACGUCGACGGUGCAAUUCUCGCCCUAAAAGAACCAAGCAAGAAAAUCGACGGUAGGAUGACGGUUACACAGCUUGCGGCGGCGGGUGCUGGAUCGACCGGCGGUGAUGUCUCUGCUCGUAAAGUUUUCGUAGGAAACGUUCCGUUUGAAGUGUCAUCGGAGAGUCUAUUGAGUGAGUUUUCCAAGUAUGGUGAAAUCGAAGAGGGUCCUCUAGGGUUUGAUAAAUCGAGUGGAAAAACGAGAGGUUUCGCUUUCUUCGUUUAUAAAACCGAAGAAGGUGCGAGAGCUUCGCUUGUGGAGUCUCUUAAAACCGUUGAUGGUCACCAAGUGAUUUGCAAGUUGGCUGUCGAUAAUAAAAAGCCCAAGCCCGGUAACCAAAACCCAUCGGGAUUUCCAGUGGAUAAUUCUUCUUCUAAUUUACAUGCUCCUAAUGCUAUGAUGAUGCCGCAAUAUGGUGCUCCUCAUAAUACUUACGGGCAACAGCCGUAUAGUAAUCAGGCUCCCUCUGCUGGUGGCUAUGGGCCUCCAAUUGGAGGAGGUGCUUCUCAGUAUGGUGGGCCUGGGCAUAUGCCUGGGCCUGUUUCAGGUCCAAGAGCGCCUCCGGCUUCUGUUGGAGGAUACCCUGAUGGUUCGCAGUACGGUUACCCAUCACAACCUAUGCCGAUGGCGAGACCUCCUCCUGGAGGAAUGUACCAAGGCGUGCCACCUUAUUAUUGAGGUGUUUCAUUCAGCUUUGUGAUGGCUUCUUGGGCGCUAGUGCGUUAAAUGGUUGUGCUGAUUUCGUGCUUGCAGACAAUGAAAUCUGUGGUUUUCGUUACAUGGACUGCUGUAAUUUGUUGCUGCUUCACUACCUCUGCUUCUAUGUGUUAUGGUUCCAUGCUAUAGAUGCUAGUUAAAGCUUAUAUAACUUGGGGGUAGCUUUUUAAUGUAGUACUUAUGUGGAAAUUUUGUUGAACUUAUUAUUUGGAGUUUUUCCUUCCUAAACUAGCUUGUCAAAUUCUUGAUCAAAUUGCAAGGUGCAUUACAUUGAAUUUGAAAUGUGUCAUUGUUUUCUAUGCUCCUAUGUGCAUAUGUGUACUCUCUGUGGUUGUUAUGGUGAUAGCUAAAUUUAUUUUUGAUGCUUUAUUGUUUUACCUCCUUAUUUGCUAGUAUGUGUUUAUUAUUAAGAUUCGGCUCAUAUUAUAUUUAACUUGUUUUUAAAUAUUCUUAUUUGAUUUGUAAACAAAGUCCUGAUCCAAGUCUAUGAGAAAUCAGUAAAGUAAAGUCUUUAGAGGCUUAUUUUUAGUCUUUUAAGAUGAGUUCUGCUACUUAUUUGUCUCGGUAUUGGAUUCUUGUGUAAACACCUCCUUUGAUGAUUGUCAACCUUGAGAUUACCUGCCUUGUUUGUAGUGGGAAUCAAAUCUCAAGCUUGAUGUGGAAAUUGCAAUGCGUUGUUUUCGUUUGUAAAACUUUAAUUUAUACGCCAACGAUACAAUGAUUUUGCCACUGUAUUGCCAUUUGUUUUCAUGUAUAAACCUUUAAUUUAUAUGCUUAACAUAUAAUGACUUUUUUAAUAGACUUUUAUUUUUUGUGAAAAACAUUUUUCAAUAUAGGCAAGAAUAAAAGAGUAUGUCUUGUAAUUUCCACAGUUGAUGAUUCUUACAAUUUUGAUUUGGCUUGUGUAACACGCAAUCGAGUUUUGUCAAACGCACAUCAAGUGGUUGUUAUAAUGCCAUUAUUAUAACAAAAAAACGAUUUAUCAUUUAUGAUUGAUUGCUGAAGCUUCUAUACCCUAGGUGCUCGUAUGGAAGAAGAGCAAUUCCAGGGAAAACAAUGUAAUCGUUAUUAAUUCUUUAUAUUUCUUUUUAGCUAAAAGUAGGAUAUGAAGGUAAAAAGCAUAACAUUAUGUCUUUGUUGUUUUGCUCAUCUUGCACUGUACUGCACUUGAGUAUGUGGUGUCCGUUGUUUGGGUUCUAGAGGAGAUAAAUAAACUUCUUAAAAGGAAUAUGCAAGUUGCUUUGCUAUGUUUUGGUGUUUUCUUUUGUUUGUUUCCCCAUUACCUUUUGGGCCAAAUAACUUAUUGUUUGUUUGUUGCCACUGAAAGUUUCUGUAUUGUGUUUCUAAUUUUGAUUUUGAUGGCUUCUGUGUCAAAUCUUGAGAAUGUUAUUUGCUGCUAAUUCUAAUGAUCUUUGAGGUGGUUCUCCUGUCUCCCAUAUUCCAUUUGAAGUGGAUCUGCCAACACCGCAUUGCCCAAUUUCUCGGAAGUUAGGAUGUAGGACUUGAAUGCCAGUUUGGUCUACGAAAUGUCUAGUGAAGGGGCCAAACUAUUUAUUUUUGUUUGUAUCAUUCUAUGAAGUGGCACAAUUAUUUUGUAAUAAAUAUUUUCAUGAAA